GUGCGUGUGUGUGCGACUGUGUGUGUAAGUGUGGGGAUAAUGCCGCGUAGGUGUGCGUGUGAGAGCGAGAGCUCCUCGUCAGCGCGACCCAGAGCGAGGCCCCGUCAGCGUUUCCACCGUCGGCCAGGUCUUUGGCACCGCGAUGAAGCCACGGCGCGGCGACGCGGCGUCAGUACCCGGAGUCAACGGAGUGCGAGACGUCGUCGACGCCAACCCCGCUGCAGCACCGCCUCAAGAUCCUCAGGAUGCACCGCCGUGCGCUGACCCUCGUCGUCGUGGCCUGCUGCGUCUGCGCGAGCCUGGCGGUGGAGGAGGAGUGCACGGACGCAGAUGCGAACGCCGUGCCGCCGCCAGCGACGACACUGACGCCGUCGCCAAGGCCGCCGUCGACGCCGAGACCCAGCGCGACGGCCGCGCCCAGGGCGGCCACGGCUACGGCCACGGCCACGCGGCGGCCGCGGGUGACGCUGGCGGGGGUGCGGCCCAUGAAGGACCGCAGCAACUCGACGGAGCCCAUCCCCUGCACGUGCGGCAUCUUCCUGACCAGCCAGUUCAAGGCCGCCGGCCAGCCCACCGGCACCCCGGCCAUCAGCCACGAGUUCAACCGCGCCACGCCCAACACCGCGGCGGGCAUCCGGCAGUGCACCACGGCCUGCGUCGACAUGAUUGUGAAACACCUGCCGAACAGUAGCGCCAUCAUGUGCUCCAGCAUCGAGAGGGACUGCAUGAGGGAGAAGGCCUACCUCUUCAUCAAGAACUCCCGCAACAAGUGGCUGGCCACGAGGCUGUCGGCGGGCAAGGAGUUUUGCUGCAAGGGCGGCAUCGCCAUCAAAUGCCCCAAGAAGUAGUGACCGCCGCCCUCUGUCGAAACCGCUCGGUUGUACCUGUUCAUUUUUGCUCUACAAAUUUCCACUACUGAUAAGUCCAAUAAAAGUCACUUGUUUUUUUAGAA